GUACGACUGGUCAGACGAGAGGGAGUGAGAGGUCGCAGAUGGAAAAGGGAGGGAUGAGGGAGGAAUAUAAAGAGGAAAUACCGUACACAGAUUUACAGAUCGAGAGAGAAGGGAAAGAAGAGACAGCUAAGAGACGAGGGGGAAAACUGGAGGAAUAAGGUCCACUUGGCAUGUUAUUGUCUCAAUGGAGAUGCAAGGGACUCACUGAAUGGGAUUUUCUCCACUGGGAAAGUACUCUAUGAAGGAACGUCUCUGACGGACAGCUCCUCUGGAGAGACGUGAAAAACCAGAACUUCCUGUCACUCUCCAUCUGACUCAAGCCAUCACAGCUACGUCUACCAGAGCACCUCUGCAUAUCUCUGUCCACCAUGAGUGAUGACAGGGAAAGACAGGGUGCCGAUGGAGGCUGCGGGGCCAAACAGCCGCCCAACGUCAAACCCAAACCUGACAGCAAAGAUAGCAUCAAGAAGGAGAAAAAGGAGAAAUCCACCAAGGUGCGUAGGUCCAUGAGCACUGACUCAGAGAGAGGAGGGGAAUCUGGGAGAAGGAGGGAGCGAAAGAGAGACAAAGGUUCGAGGAGAGAGCGUGGUAGAAGCGAGGAGAACAGGAGGCAAGACAGGGAUGGAGAUGACAGCAACCGAAAGGAGUCUGACCCCCAGGAAAAUGACAUGGAGGACACUGAGUGCGUGGUUUGCUUCUGCGAAUACAACAACGUCUUUAAAACCCCCAAGCUGCUCUCCUGCGGGCACACCUUCUGUCUGGAGUGCCUGGCCCGGAUCAACGUGACCUCCUUAGAGCUCAAGUCUCUUUCCUGCCCUGUGUGUCGAGAGCUCACCAAGCUGCCCCAUGGCCGCAACCUGCCCCAGCUGGGCAACAACCAGGACAUCUUCCGCAAACUCCCUCCAGAGAUGCAGAGGGCGCUGUCCGUGCGCUUCAAGCGCAGCAAGGGCAAGCUGGUCCUCAAGAAGCCCCCUCCUGGUACUACUAGCCUGGCCAAGUCCAGCCUCACCCUGCCCACUCUCAAGAAGCAGGACCGACAGGCCUCCAGCGACCUCCAGCUGGGCACCAUGGACCAGGGCCUCGCCACUGUCGUGGAUGUGGGUCGCCCCCCUAGCAGGGUCAGAGGUCGCCUGCGCAGGAUGUUCCGCUCGGACCAGUGCUACUACACCGUGAUGGCGUCCAUCAUCACCAUCGCCGUGGCGCUGAUGCUGAUGGGCAUCCUGGCCUUCAUGGUCAUGCCCAAUGUGGUCCUCCACAACGGCAGCAAACCGCAGCAGGGGAAUUCCAGCCAACCACAGGCCGGUUAACCAGGGGGUCAAAUACCCUAAGGAAAAGAGGGGAUGGUGGUGGGAUGAAUGGAAGUAAGACCAGAGGAGAUAAUCACUCUGAUGUUUUGAGAGGACAAAGAUUGUCAGUGACCCUAGUAUCUGCCAUUUCAUUUUCUUUACUAAUACUCAGUUACGAGGAAAAUGUGAAAGAACUGAAAAGAAAGGUGACCCUGAAAGCACUAGAGAACACUCAACUGGGGUCAAUACAUAACAAGGACCAUGUUGUUUAUGAAGGACUGAUACACAACAACUACUAAUGGGAAAAGUGUAUCAAGAGUUAUUUUUUUAUCUACCAUUUUGUCUUCCUUCCUGCAGUAUACACAUCAUGAACAAGGAACAUUUACCCAAAUGUGAACGGGACAGCUAUUGCAGUGAAGUGAGAGUGGACAAUGGAUGUUGUCUGGGGAAAUGUAAUUCAUUAAAAAGUUGUGUAUUAUGUAAUUGCACUGAAGUCUGCCAUGGAGAAUUAUUUGAUUACACUGAGCAUUAUCUUAUUCUUUACAUCGCAAAGUAAAUAUGUUCCGCUCAUGAUUUUGUUUUACAUUCUUUGAUGUCUAACUAAUGUAUGUUUACGUACAAAAUAUGAAUAUACAUAUGGAGUUCAAAAAAGAAUAAUAUAUAAAAAAAUAUAAAAAAUAACAAUGGAAUAGGUCUCUCUUGCCAUAGCAGAGGUAUCCUACCACCCUGAAAAAAACGAUUACAUUUCCAAUAGGCCCAGUGCCAUGUUACAUGCCGUUGCCUUACAGUAAAACCAAAUGUGCUGAUUUGAUUUCUGAUAAGAUCUUUGUCUGGCGUAACGUUCCAUGACAUGUGCACCUUGGUCGCACCUUCCUCUUUUAGUCCCAUUAGAGAAUCAUUUUCUUUUAGUUUUCUUUUCUUUUCUUGAAUAUACUAUUUCCUGACAGGUUCAGCGUGUGUGUGUGUGUGUGUGUGUGUGUGUGUGUGUGUGUACUGUUUUAACAUUUUACUGAAAGCUAUGAGUAUACAAAACAUUAAAAACACCCGCUCUUUCAAUGACAUAGACUGACUAGGUGAAUAGAGGUGAAAUCUAUGAUCCUUUAUUGAUG